AGAGAGGAGCCUGCUCAGCACUCGCUGAAAACAGGAACCUGCCCCUCCGCGGGGCCCGCGCCUCCUCGUUCUCGCAGAGGAAGUGUGUGGCAUGUUUAGCAACUGCUGCUCUUCUCGAUAGCAUGGGCUUGUCUACACCCCGCGGAGGCCCGGCCGCCCGCUCACUCCGCGGGAGCAGCAGCGGCUGACGGAGAGGCCGUGACGGGGACCCUCGCCCGCUACUCCCCGGGGCCACCAUGUCCAGCCUUUGAAGAACUCGCGCUGCGUACGCGUAACCAACAUUCACGGAUCUCGUCGCCACGUAAAAACAGCCACCUUUCAAGAAGCGAGCUGCCUGGCGCGGGAGGCGCGAUGUACCCUAAACUGGGUCACUCUCCCCCCGGCGGGCUGGGCGCGUGGCUGACGCUCCGUGUGUCUCCCCUGUGCCGCAGGCUCCGCGCGUCCUCCGCAGCCCGGGCAGCGAGGGAGAUGGGGAACAGCAUGCGAUCCGCCCCGGCACCACCCGAGCCCGAGAGGCCUCUGCCCUGCUCAGACGGACUGGACAGCGACUUCCUGGCCGUGCUGACCGAUUACCCAUCUCCUGACAUCAGCCCCCCAAUAUUCCGCCGAGGGGAGAAGCUGCGUGUGAUUUCUGACGAAGGGGGCUGGUGGAAAGCCAUUUCCCUCAGCACCGGGCGUGAGAACUACAUCCCCGGGAUCUGUGUGGCCAGAGUUUACCAUGGCUGGCUGUUCGAAGGGCUGGGCAGAGACAAGGCCGAGGAGCUGCUGCAGCUGCCCGACACGAAGAUCGGCUCCUUCAUGAUCCGGGAGAGCGAGACGAAGAAAGGCUUCUACUCGCUCUCGGUGCGGCACCGGCAGGUCAAGCACUACCGCAUCUUCCGCCUGCCCAACAACUGGUACUACAUCUCUCCGCGGCUCACCUUCCAGUGCCUGGAGGACCUGGUCAACCACUACUCCGAGGUGGCCGACGGCCUGUGCUGCGUGCUGACCACACCCUGCCUCACCCAGAGCACCGCUGCCCCGGCCGUGACCUCCGACUCGCCCGUCACCCUGCGCCAGAAGACCCUGGACUGGAGGAAGAUGUCCAGGCUGCAGGAGGACCCCGAGGGCGCAGGGAACCCACUGGGCGUGGACGAGUCCCUCUUCAGCUACGGCCUGCGGGAGAGCAUCGCCUCCUACCUGUCCCUGGCGGGCGACAGCGGCGCGCCCCUGGACCGCAAGAAGAAGAGCAUCUCCCUGCUGUACAGCGGGAGCAAGAGGAAGAGCGCCUUCUUCUCGUCGUCGCCGCCCUACUUCGAGGACUAGCCCAGGCCGGACGGGCAGCCGCACGGGGUGCCC